AUGCUGGUAGCAGAGGCCAACAGCAGUGGAGCAAGGAUGGGUGUGAAGCAGGAUUUGGAUGGGACCCCAGACCACUCAGCAGGAAAAACGAUGAUGGAUAGAAUGAUGCAGGGUAGGAGGAAGCAGCAAUGGCAAACAGGCACAAGCAUGGUGGAUGAAGAUGCUGCAGAGGUGGUAGCAUUGCCAGACUUCCAGCAGUGGAUUGCCAGAUGCCAAGUGGCUGAGGGUGACACCUGCCAGCCAAUUGCCAUUGGCAAGGAAUCACCAAAUGCCUGGCAGCAGGUUGUGGGUGGCAAUACAAGCCCUGUGCAACCUAUGCCAGAAGGCCACCACAUUGAUUUGCCUGAUUCUCUCCACCCAGCAGAUCCUUUGACAGUGCCAACAACUAUCAAGAGAGGCCAUAAACAGGAAGAUUCAAAGUGCAAGUUGCCCAUUCCAUCAAUGAUACCCAUGCACCAGACUGGCAUAGACAAUGUGAGGGGUAUGUAG